AUGACGGGCGUGGUGGCUAGGGGAGUUGUGGGCAUGCGCGAAGGCGGCCCUCAAAUGGCGACCUCGCUGGGAUCCAAAUUCACUGCCAUGUCCUCUGAAGAAGGGAAACUCUUUGUGGGAGGUCUCAAUUUCAACACCGAUGAGCAGUCCCUGGAUGGUCGCCAGAUCCGUGUAGAUCAUGCAGGCAAAUCAGCCCGGGGAACCAGAGGGGGUGCCUUCGGUGCUCAUGGGCGUGGUCGCAGCUACUCUAGAGGAGGUGGGGACCAGGGCUAUGGGAGCAGCAGGUAUGACAGUCGGCCUGGAGGAUACGGAUAUGGAUAUGGAAGGUCCAGAGAUUAUAGUGGCAGAAGCCAGGGUGGUUAUGACCGCUAUUCUGGAGGAAAUUACAGAGACAAUUACGACAACUGA